GCAGUUGCGAGAUGAAGGUACCAAACCGAACGAACGAAUCAGCACCAUGUAUGUACGGAUGGGAAUAUGACGACACUUGGUUUUCUGCAACUGCUGCUUCCCAGGAGAACUGGGUAUGCGAAAGAGAAAUGUAUCCAAACACCGUAUAUUCUGUCAGUCACUUUAUUUCCAUCGGUUUUGCUGUUCUGCUUUUCUACCUUGGUGACAGAUUUGGCCGGAGGAUACAGUUUCUCAUGAGCAUGGGCAUGAUGGCAGUAUCCCGAUCACUGCUAACUGUUUCAGCGUCAUUCUUCCCACUGUACGUCGCUCUCUCAGCGGUGGCAGAGAGUCCAGGCAUGCCUAGCUCAGAAUCAGCUAUAGCCAUCGGAAUCGAACUUACUGGCAUCAAACAUCGCUCGCUCGUCAACUUUAUGCCAUUUGCCUUUUACUGUUUGGGAAUAAUUUCUAUGGCGCUAGCAGCAUGGUUGUUACGAAACUGGAUUCAGUUUCUGUUGAUUUCAUCUGUCCCCUGCUUCAUUCCAUUGUUGCUACAUAGGUAUUUGCCAGAAUCUCCCAGAUGGCUGCUCGGUAAAGGGCGACCAGAGGAAGCUCUCAAGGUCCUGGAGAGUGUAGCAGUAACAAAUGGAAAGCCCCUGCCUUGUGACACGUGGAUGAGGCUUGCUUACCUGUCUGAGCAGAGGACUCCACGCAUGGACAUCAGAAGCAUCGUUACGAACAGGAACCUCUUUAAAAACACGGUUUUGUUGGUUAUUAGCAGGUCAGCGGGUUCUCUUGUCCUUUUCACUCUACUUUUCCACAAUAAAAGUUUUGGAGAGAAUCCUUUCGUUGCAUACGUCGGCCAGGGCGUCUUGAUGAUGGUUUCUUGCAUGCUGGCACACUUCGUUGGAAACCAUCUCGGCAGACGAUUUACGCACUGCCUGGUAUUACUAAUUGGCGCCGUCGUUUCUUUUAUUCUCGUGGCGCUGACAACAGUAUCUUCUGAACAAUGGCUCAUAGCCAUUGGGUCUCUGAUGAUACAGUUCUUCUCCAGUUCGUCGAUAUUACUUACGAACUUACAGGGCAUGGAAAUACAUCCUACACGUUUGCGCCAAACAUGCAUCGCCGUCGAAUAUUUAGUUGUCUCUUGCGUCAUGUGUGCAAAUCCGUACCUUUCAUACCUGGGAAACACUGCUGGACAGCAUUACCUAUUUGGGAUACUUGGCAUCGUGAUGCUCUUUACAUCAAUUCUGAUGUCAUUUUUACCAGAAUCAUUGAAUGAGAAGCUUCCAGAGACAAUGAAAGACGCAGCGCUCUAUGGUUGUGACCAGAAGUUCUGGAGUCUUCCCAGAAGCAAGCCCAGCAUACCAGAGACUGCUACACUCUACAAACCCGAUUUUUAA